AUGCCAAGUCGCAAGUCCCGUGGCCAAAGAAGAAGUGUUGAGGGCGAAAAUGAUCAGAUCAAAAGCGAGCCAGAGCCGGCAGAAACGCAACGUCGACCGAAUUACGACGAUCUGCCUUCAGAGUUCGCUAUUUGCGACCCGAAUAGCACCACUCCAAUGGCCCCAAAACCACCACUACCUGCGACUCCGAAAACUCCGCAAAACGUUCAGAAGAAGCCAGAAGCCUCAAAGAAAACAGAAAAUAAGCCGAAAAACGAUCGCGCACAGCAAGAAAGAAAACCGCCAAAAGAAAUGAUGAAGAAGCCUGCAAAAGAAAACCGACAGAAUGCGAAAAAUCCCGCGAAAGAAGCCGUCAAAAAGCAAGAUGAUCGAGUCAAACGAGUGGAAUCCCAAGAAAGAAAAUCGACAGAAGAUUUGAUCAAGGACUUGAUCGCGCGCAACGAGGAAAUCGGCUCUUUGAUGAAGAUCGUUCAGGGCAAUAUUCCCAGCCAGAAAUCAACCGAGAAGAAGCUCCUGAAGCAGGAGCUCAAGAAUCUGUCUCACAUGCAAGACAUGUAUGCAGGAAACUGCCUCUCCAUCGCUCUUCGACUCUUCAAUGCUGAAUCUUCAUCUGAAAAAACUGACAAGCAUCGCAUCGAUUUAUAUAGAAGCAUCGGUCGUUACAAGCAAAAAAGUGAAGAAAAGACGGCGGAAAUAAAUGCUGCCAUGAGCAAGCUUUCUGUAAAUAACAAAGAAGCGGAAACGCAAAAGAUGGAAAAACAGCCAAAGAAGAUUAAAAAAGAGUUUAACCAGGGAUCUCCAAAAAACUCAAAAACUGCCGAAAAGAAUCCAGAUCCAGUCAAACUCAAGCCUGCUCAUAAAAUGGCCGUUCCAGAGCCAGCCCGAAAAGAAGGAUCGGGAAUCUCUUCCAAUUCCGGCCCGACGUCAGAAUCAGAAGUCACUGAAGAGCAAAUAGAAGCGAUGGAAAGUGAUCCAUAUCUCGUCUAUGACGAAGUCGAUGCGCUCGCCGGUCAACUGUCUGAUUGCGACAUUGUUCAUGCAAAACAAUAUGUUGAGCCUGAGCCUUAUUAUUCUGCGCGAGAAGUUUCCCAAGAGAUGGCAAAGCUGAAACUCGAAGAAAACGCUGUUUCUGUGAUUCACGACUCCCAUCUCGCCCGAGAAAUGGAGCCAUCUGAAUUCACUGAAAUCAACGACGACUACUGCAAGGCUUGCGAGGACCUUGGACAACCCUGCGAGGACUGCGACGAACUUUCCGGCUGGUGA